AUAGUUUCAGCUGAACCGGCGGAGAAACGAGAAACUGCGCGCUUAUAAAAACCGUGUGCGCAUUUAAUUCACCACUGUAUUUAAAUUGUGUUCCUCGCUUCACAAAAUUUUUAAGCCUAAUGUUAGUGGCGUUUUGUUCACGUAUUUGGCAUCAAUAUUUCUGUUUAACAAAAAUAAUUUGGUAUAAAUAUUAGCAGAGAGCUUAUAUGUGUUUAGUUUGCUUACUCUGUUUGGCUUGGCAUUCGUAAAUUGUAUAAAAUAAUAGUCUGUAACUUUUGUUUGGUUUUAAAAACAAAUUAUUUUUGCUUCUGUGUAUUUGCGUCGAAAUUCUCAGAGGUCAGACACAUAUAUCAAAACAAACUUUACUGCACUUCAUUUUUAAAUGAAGAAAUUCAAGAAAAAGAGUCUUUUCUGGAAGCAGUUGCAGACAUUAUUAUGGAAGAACUUGACCUUGAAACGCCGUGGGUGGGGGUUUCUGAUUCUGGAAGUUGUCUGGCCAUUGGUUCUUUUUAUGGUUAUCGUCUCGGUUCGGCACGUAAGACCAGCUGUGAACAAAAGUGCAUGUCACCUUCAGCCAAAAGCGUUACCCUCAGCGGGGCUUCUACCGUUUCUGGAAUCCCUAAUUUGCACCGUGGAGAACCGAUGCUUCAAAACACCUCCGGAGUCUCUGGAUGACAGUCCGCCCCUGGAUGAUCUAGUGAAUUCCUUCUCGACACUCUUUUCAGACGAAAGAUUUGUGGACAACGUACAAUGGCUUAUAGACGACGGGAUUGAACCGCUCCUUCUCCCGGGAGGGUUCUUCAACGUCUCCGCUGUGGACGGACUCAGUCCCGAAACGCGAGAUGCCUUAGAGGGCUCUCGUUUCGACCUCGGUGGUUUCCUGACAACUGAGACAGCUGUCAAUCUAGCCGAGACUCUGGUUGAUGCGGCUGCAGGUGAUGAAACGUUUCUGUGCUACGACAAUGGAAAUGGCCAGUUCCCCACUUACAUCAAACUUCCCAGGGAUGCCAAUCGAACUCAGGUGGAGGCUGAAGUUUGUGCCCUGAAUGACGACCAACUUGGAAAUCUUCUGAGUCCAGUGACCGCUGUACUGGAGAACAUAACUCAGGAUGAAAAAUUUGCUGAAAGGUUGUUGGAUAUCUACUAUGCAGUGGACGACUCAAAAAUCCUGCAGUCUCUGGACGAAACGAACGAGUUCUUCUUGGAGUUGCUGUCAUUGGGUGAUCUCACUUCAGGCGGCGAUGAGACUAACACUGCACUGAACAAGUACUUGUCUCAAUUUGUGUGUGGACUAGAUUCAGUUCUUGCUCUGGAGGUCGACGGAGUUGGUUCUGCCGAUGAAGUGGAACAGCAAGCCGAGGAAUUAGGUCUGGAACUUGAACCAAAAGAGUUCGAGCGCGACGACGAAAUUUCCGAUCACUGCAAUGAUGUCUUUGAACAGUUUCAAGCCAAUAUUGUCCUUAGCAAUAUUUGGAAUUAUGUCAAACCUAUAAUUAUUGGAGAACUUCUGUUCACGCCAAAAACUCCAGCUGCCAUUCGAAUUAUUAAACAAGUUAACAAAACGUUCGAGGAAGUGGCAAACGUCUUCGAAGCCUUGGACAUGAUUAACGACACUCGCGACGAGUUUUUUCAACAGCUGUACGACUACUUUGAGGAUCCGAAUGCAAACGAUAUACCUCUGCUCACUUUUAUUGUAGACUUGGCUCCUACUUUUUUUGAUUUUGCUGAGCUAAACGAGACUGCAGACCAAUUUUUCUCGAACGACCCCAAUGUAACCACCUGGCAGGAUUUUUUCAACACAACACUAGAUCUGAUAAAUUACUUUGACGAUCUGGCUUCGUGUUUUUCAACAGACAGAUUCAUCGGAUUUGACUCUGAGCAGGAACUCGAAGAGCAUGCUGCAGUGAGGCUGGAUUCCAACAAAAUCUGGGCGGGGUUUGUGUUCCAAAACACAGACGAUCCAGUUUCAGAUGAAAUUCCGAAGCUACUGAAGUACAAAAUCAGGAUGAGAGAUGGACGAGUUGACGACACUGAUAUUCUUAUUGACGAUGUUUGGUUCCCGAACCCUCGAAGAAACCCAGUGAUGGAUAUCAAGCCAAUCACUUCGGGUCAAAUAUACCUGACCGACCUUCUCGAGAAAGCAAUCAUUGACCUUCAGGCUUCGCCGUCAUACAAGAAGACAGGAACAUGGGUUAAACAGUUUCCCAGUCCCUGUUAUAAACAAGAUGAGUUCUUGUAUGCUAUCUCGGGAACUAUUCCUCUGUUCAUGACGCUUGCUUGGCUGUUCAGUGUAGGCAUGAUUGUAAAAGGCAUCGUCUACGAAAAAGAAACGAGGCUUAAGGAAGUGAUGAAAGUUAUGGGGCUGGGUAAUACAAUCCACUGGGUAUCUUGGUUCAUAACUUCAUUCAUCAUCCUUUUCGUCGCCGGUAUUGUUCUGUCAUUUAUUCUCAAGUUUGGAGACGUUUUGGCCAAAAGCAAUAUUUUUGUCAUCAUAUUUCUAUUCUUUUCCUACGUCAUUCCAACUAUCACGUUCUGCUUUUUAAUUUCUGUUUUCUUCUCGAAAGCCAAUCUCGCCUCAGCAGUAGCAGGAAUAGUCUUUUUUGUCCUGUAUCUUCCGUAUGUUCUUUACCUCGCAUGGGACGAACAAAUUGACUCAAAUGGUCCGAAAUACCUCUUAUGUCUUUCCUCUAACGUUGCGUUUGGUUUCGCUUGCACUUACUUUGCCUUCUUCGAACAACAGGGUACCGGGGUGCAAUGGAGCAACUUAGGCGACAGUCCUGUUUAUGAUGAUGAUUUCAGCAUGGGAAAAGUCAUUUUCAUGAUGUACGUCGAUGCUGUGAUCUAUCUACUUCUGGCUUUGUACAUAGAACAAGUUAACCCUGGAGCAUAUGGUGUGCCAAAGAAAUGGUAUUUUUGCUUCCAGAAGUCUUUCUGGUGCGGCAGUGAAGGUCCUCAAAAGGGAUCCAACAAUAUUUCUUUCGAUCCGAGUUUCAAGUUGACCGGUGAGAAUCUGGAAACGGAAACGGAAGGCGCCGAAGUAGGAGUUCAGAUCCGAGACUUAGUGAAGAUAUACUCGACUGGAAACAAAGUAGCAGUCAAUGGUCUGUCGCUUAACUUCUACAAGAAUCAGAUCACUUCCUUCUUAGGACACAACGGUGCUGGCAAGACGACAACUUUGUCGAUUUUAACUGGACUGUUUCCUUCUACAUCUGGAACUGCGUUUGUAAACGGUCUCGAUGUCAGUGAAAGCAUGGACACUAUAAGACAAAGUGUAGGCAUGUGUCCUCAAUACAACGUGCUGUUUGGAAAGUUGACUGUGAUGGAGCAUCUCAAAUUCUACGGCAGUCUGAGAGGCAAGAGUUCCUCAAGCAUCAGCAAAAUGGCGGUCAGACUUCUAGGUGACUUAAAUCUACCUCACAAAGCAGACGAAAUGUCCAAGAACCUAUCAGGCGGCAUGAAGAGAAAAUUAUCUGUGGCUAUUUCGUUCAUCGGGGAUAAUAAAACUGUCAUUUUGGACGAGCCGACAGCAGGUGUUGAUCCCCACAGUCGAAGAGGGAUCUGGGAGCUCCUCUCCAAGUACAAAGAAGGCAGAACUGUAAUUCUCUCCACGCACCAUAUGGACGAGGCUGAUGUUCUGGGAGACCGAAUCGCAAUCAUCGCAAACGGAAAGUUGCAAUGUUGCGGUACCUCGAUGUAUUUGCGGAAACAGUUUGGAAAAGGAUAUCAGUUGACCAUGGCGAGAGAUUUAAAAGCAGAUACCAAAGAGGAAUUCGACAGACAACGUGAGUACUAUGACCCAUCUAUUGAUGGACCUUACGAGGAAAAACACGCAGUCCAGAACUCUCAAUUCGAUCGUGACACUGAAAAGAACAUCACUAAGUUCGUUCGCAGCAUCUUCCCCGAUGUCAACCUUGCCAAAAAUAUUGGAACUGAAUUGACGUAUACGUUGCCGUAUUCUGGUCUGGGGUCUGGAAUAUACUCCAAACUUUUCAGAGAGCUUGAAAAGAACAAAAAGAGCUUGGGAAUAUCUGAAUACGGAUUGUCAGAUUCAUCGCUUGAGGAUAUCUUCAUAGAAGUCGCUGAUCAGGCUCCGGAUUCAACUGCAAACGAUGACAGAUUCCCAAAACGCAGGGGAAGAUUUAGGUCACUGAAAAUUUUUGCCGACUUGAAAAAACGUAAAGUGCGUACUGAACAAAUUGAAAUAGCUGCUAAUGGAAACACUAAUGGAAGUGUCCAUUUCGACAACUCGGGAAAAGAUUCCGACACUGAAUCAGAAAUGAGCGGAUCCUCGUCUUAUAGUGGGAAUAAUCAAGUUGUCCUCCAUAUUCGAGACUCGAACAGACAUGCUGCUAAAGCAUUCGCUGAUGAGAACGUUCCAAAAGUGAAAGGCGCCCGACUGUUUUGGCUCCAAUUUCAGGCUCUCUACAUAAAAAGAUUUCAUCAUCUUCGAAAGGACCGAAAAGCGUUCCUUUCGCAGAUUCUUUUGCCAGCUUUGUUUGUUCUCUUGGCCAUGAUUUUCACUCUAAUUGUUCCGGACGACUCGAAUCAAAAACCACUGGUACUCAAUCCAUAUAUCUAUGGCGAUAACAAGUAUAUAUUCUAUUCUGAUUCAUCAACUCAAGGUGAAAAAGAAGCAAUGAGAAGUUUGGUUCAAGAUAUGGUAAAAUUCCCACAUCACAGUACGAGAUGUAUCGAUGGAUACUCGAUCAAAGGUCAUUCGUGUCAGAUAAGUGCUAGCCCAGGAUCCUUCAUAGAUACCGGCUACAGAACCAAUCGGCCGUCUGAUUGUGACUGUUCUACGGGUUACCAACAGUGCGACGCCAAUGCUGCAGGUGGGACCCCGAAAUAUAAGAAACUAGACACGACUGAAAUACUUCAAAACUUGACCGGUUGGGAUUUAUCAGACUACAUAAUGAAGACUAGGAUUGACAUGCGGUUGCGAAGAUUCUACGGUUUUGAAUUUGAGGGUGAGAAUAAUGACUACGAUUUGAACGAAAACGACUUCGUUCUAGCAGCGCAAGACGCUGAAGAUUUGGUCCAGGACAACGACCUCCUUGCCUACAAUUAUUCGAACGGUUUCCAAUGGCAAGAAGUUAUCGAUGAUCUUAACACCGUUUUGAAUGAUUCGAUUGCUGUGCGUAAUGUCAAAGUGUGGUGGAAUAACAAAGCUCACCAUAUGUUGUUGAGUUCUACAAACGCGUUAAACAACUUGAUUCUCAGAAACUCACUUUGGGACAAUGCUAGCAUAAACCCCGAUGAGUAUGGAAUCAUUAGUACUUCCCAUCCAUUCAAAAUGACCGUGAGUCAACUUUCGGAUGACCUGUUGAACCGCAGUGGUCGGGAUCUCAUCGUCGGUAUUUGUGUCAUUUUCGCUAUGAGUUUCGUGCCCGCUAGUUUUGUUCUUUAUCUCAUUUCGGAACGGACCUCGAAAGCCAAACAUUUGCAAUACGUAAGCGGUGUGCACCCUUCUAUCUUCUGGACAGGGACUUUUAUUUGGGACAUGACAAACUACCUAAUUCCGGCUUUGAUUUGUAUCAUAAUUUUCCUUUGCUUCCAAGCUGAAUCUUACGUCAGCGGAGCCAACUUCCCUUGCCUGUGUCUUCUUCUUUUCCUGUACGGCUUCUCGGUGAUACCUUUGAUGUACCCGUUCAGUUAUCUGUUCAGCAUUCCAAGCACAGCUUACGUGCUAUUGACCGGAAUCAACGCCUUCAUAGGCAUAAACUGUACAACUGCAACUUACAUCUUGGACUUUUUCCCAGAUGACCAAGGUCUUACAAACGUGAACAGUUUCCUCAAGAAGGUUUUCCUCAUUUUCCCCCAGUACUGUCUAGGUAGGGGUCUCUUCGAAAUGGCUUUGAACCAACUGACCGCGGAUGCCUUGAGCGAGUUUGGCGAAUACGAGUUCCAAAAUCCGUUGACGUACGACAUAGCAGGCAAACAUGUGUUCGCGAUGUUCAUGCAAGGUAUCUGCUUCUAUAUCCUAGUUCUUGCAAUCGAGCAUAUUUAUGUGUUCAGACGGAUGUUCCUAAAGCCAAAAUCAUCGCAAUCUAUGUUUGAAGACGAUUGGGAACCUGAAAACAUUGAAGAAGAUGUAAAACAUGAAGAGGACAGCGUUAAAAGCGGUGCGCAUGAUAGCGAUCCCGUGAUUGUCAAAAAUUUGAGGAAAGAAUACAAGAAAGGAAUUGUAGGCUCUGACAAUCUUGUUGCUGUAAAGAAUCUAUCUUUUCACGUUCCAAAAGGAGAAUGCUUCGGACUUCUGGGUGUCAAUGGAGCUGGAAAAACAUCGACUUUUAACAUGCUCACAGGUGAUGUUGUUCCGACAUCUGGGAAAGCUGCUCUGACUGGCUUCGAUGUUGUAACUCAACUGAACGACUCGCGGAAACGUCUCGGAUUUUGUCCUCAAUUUGACGCCUUGGACAAUCUUCUGUCGGUGCGUGAACAUCUCAUGCUUUAUGCACGACUGAGAGGAAUUGAGCCCAAAAGUGUGAGCAAUGUUGCGGAAGGUGUGAUUGAGAAGAUGGGGCUGAGAAAAUAUGUGGACAAACAGGCGGGUACUUUGAGUGGAGGCAACAAGAGGAAGCUCUCAACUGCGAUUGCCUUGGUGGGCAAUCCUCAGAUCAUUUUCCUAGAUGAACCUACUUCGGGAAUGGACCCGAAAGCACGCAGGUACCUGUGGCAAUGCAUCCACGACGCAGUGCAAGAAGGCAGAUCUGUUGUGCUGACAUCCCACUCCAUGGAAGAAUGUGAGGCCCUGUGCACCCGUCUGGCCAUAAUGGUCAAUGGACAGUUCAAGUGUCUGGGAUCCACUCAGCACAUCAAGACCAAAUAUGGAGACGGAUAUGUUGUGCAUGUCAAGAUGCAAGUGGGGCUGAGCGACUACAUACACAACUACUUCAUGGACUUGUAUCCCAACGCACAGGUUCUGGACUCCCUGUCGUCGCUGAUGGUGUUCCAGGUACCCCAGCAGGAUGCCACUCUGUCGGCCAUGUUCGAGGCCCUGGAAAGGGGCAAGGGGGUCCAAGUGGAGGACUCAGAUGGCAAGAAAGUGGGGCUAAUCGAAGACUACUCCAUCAGUCAAACCACACUCGAUCAGGUCUUCAUCAAUUUCGCCAGUGAACAGAAUGACGAUAUGUUGCCCGUGAAAUCCAAAGCGAACAAACAACCCAAACGCAAAUUCAAACCCCUCACACUGCGAACACAAAACGGACAAGGUCAUCCCAGGUCAAACCAGAUGGCAGCAGGAGGAAGUUCAUUUCCUAAGUUUUCAUCGAUUGGUAAAACGGAGGUGGACGAGGAUGGUCUUCUGGAUAAUAUGUCGAUUAGUUCGGGUUAUAGUAACAAUACCAGUGCUGCCAGUCUAGCACACGUCAUGGUGAGACCAGGAAGCGCCGCAUCAACCCACACAAACGUAAGUGAGCCAACUCCUCUUGACGACGAGGUGCCUAGACAGGACUCGCUAGUUUCCUUCACCCCCCGUGAACGUGUUUCAAAUCUGGACCAGUGGGGAGCUGGAGGGGCAGGGGGGUCUCUAUUUUUUAACAAUGAUGCUUUCCAGAAUGAGGAGGACACGCCAAUAAGUGUCAAAAAGGGAUCUGGAGUGAUGGAUUCUAAUAAAGUGCUACCAACCUACGAUGAAAACAGCGAUGCCCCGUAUGUGCCGAAAAUACAAGUACCCCCAGCUGCCCAAAACGGUCACGCGAAUGGAGAUCUUAUUGACGUAACUCCAACGGCACCUCCAAACCAUACAAAUGGCUCCAGUGAGACUGAGUUUGGAAGCCAGAAUGGAUUUGAAUUAGACGCAGAAGAUACGCGAUAAGCAAAAAGGCGGUGGCUUGCGGAAAAAACUGCGAAAAAAAACUAAAUUACUGCAAACUAAAUCUACAUUCAAAAAAAUUUUAUCCACUCUCCUAUCCGUAAAACCAUACGACAUAUAAUUAGGGCGAUUUCGUUGCACAUUUAUUAACCAUUUUGAGCUUAUUUGUUGUUAGCACUUUAAAAUUUUUAAGUUACAACUCAGGACUUAUUUUAAAAAUAACUCCUACGCAAGCGUGCUUGAUAUACUUAACUGACCGCAAAUUAGUUGAAAGAAAAUUUUAUUAAUUCAAAACUAGAUAAAUGCAUUGUAAAUACAGUUCUUUCCUGUAAAUCCUUGAGUUUCAUUUUUUUCAAAUCAUACCUGUAAUUAAUU